UUCAUUGCAACAAUAACUGCUCGCCAAUUGGCCAAUUUUCCAAUUGCAGGUGGUAUCACCAUAUUGUGGCCAGAUUGCGAGUGCCAGCUCCUCUGGCAGACGUGCCCAAAUUAAAAACGGAUAAUCGAUAUGUGGUGGAUACUUUUAAUAGCUGUUGCAGCGUUCGCUGUAAGCAACGAGGAAGAAAUCCUGAUGAAGAAUCUGACCACAGUGACCUGGGCACAUGCCGUCAACAACAAGACAUACCUUCAGGCAGCUUUAGCCAGCGAAGUUUCAAUGUUGGAAGCUGACAUUGUCCUAGGCCACAUUUCCGGGUCCGAGGGACCUCCAAUACCGAUAAUGGCGCACCCCCCAGCCACCACCUCCGACCUGAGUCUCUCGGAGUUCCUGUCGACCGUGCAGCAGUUCAACAAGGGCAAAUCCAAGCCCAAGGGAGUAAAACUGGAUUUUAAGUCGAUAGAGGCGUUUGAGAAGUCCCAGGAGCUGAUCGGCCAGUAUACGAAGCCUGAGAUCAACUUCCCGGUCUGGCUGAACGCUGACAUCCUCCCAGGGCCAGUGGACGCCACCACGAAGCCAGUGGACCCUGCCAAGUUCCUCAAAUUGGGCGCAACGCACCCCAGGACAGUGAUGUCCAUAGGCUGGACCACCAAGUUCGGCGGGAACAUCACAGAAGGAGAGUACAGCAGGGAGCAUAUCGGGACCAUGCUCAGGAUGAUACAUGAGAACCACGUAACCCAGACUGUCACCUUUCCGGUCCGCGCAGGCCUAGCUUCGAACAGCCAGCCAGUUCUCCUCGACCUUCUCCGUGAGACUUCCUAUCUCAACUCCACAAUGACCGUGUGGUCCAGCGAAGGGGACGCCGUGGAGACGGACCGCCUCAGAGCCCUCAUACUGACCGUGGGUUUGGAGAAGACAUACCUGGAUGUUCCAGCCGAGCUGGCUACCAGGCUGCAGCUCUCCCCGGCUGCUCAGGUUAAGACUUAAUGUUAUUUAGGGUGGUUAUUUAUAAAAUAAAUACAGUGAUCAUUUUUGAAA